AUGUGGGCCUUCCUGGUGAGACCAGAGUGCAUCCUGUGCCUGUCUUCAGCCUUAUCAGUGAUGGCUCAGCUCACAGACAACUUCUCGCCCAGGAUUAAUCAAACUCAUCUGACCCCCUCGCACCUGAAGCACCGCACUGAGGGUCUGAAAGUUAAGGGCUCAAACUUCACACUAGAUGGCUUUGCGUUCCUGAUUGUAGCAGGCACUAUCCACUACUUCCGGGUGCCCAGGGAGUACUGGAGGGACCGCUUGCUGAAGUUGAAGGCUGGUGGCUUCAACACCAUCACCACGCAUGUUCCCUGGAACCUCCAUGAGCCAGUGAAAGGACAAUUUUAUUUCACUAGAAACUUGGAUUUAAAGACUUUUAUAGUCACAGCUUCAGAGGUGGGCCUGUGGGUCAUUCUAUGUCCAGGCCCUUACGUCGGUGGCGACCUAGACCUUGGAGGCUUGCCCAGCUGGUUACUCCGGGAUCCCAGAAUGAAGCUGAGAACAACUUACAAGGGCUUCACUAAAGCCGUAAAUCUUUAUUUUGAUCAGCUGAUUCCCAGGAUAGCAUCAUUACAGUACCACAAGGGAGGCCCCAUCAUUGCUGUGCAGAUGGAGAAUGAAUAUGGUUCAUAUUAUAAGGAUAAAAAAUACAUGCAAUAUAUUAAAAGGGCCCUGGUGGAAAGAAAGAUCCAGGUGCUGCUCAUGACUGCUGAUGAUGGACAAGAAGUGACAAAAGGCCACUUAAAAAACGUGCUUGCCACUCUCCAUAUGAAGAAUAUCAACAAAGAAACUUAUCAAAAACUGUUUUCGUUUCAGGGUCUUAGCCCUGUAUUAAUGACAGUAUAUACAGCAAGCUCCUUUGACACAUGGGGCCUUAUCCGCCGCACUCUUGAUUUGCAUGUGUUGAUGAAAGACGUGCGUGAGAUGUUCAAGCUUAGGUUCUCCCUCAACUUCUAUAUGUUCCAUGGUGGCACCAACUUUGGCUUUAUGGGCGGAGCUAUGUCUUCAAAAAACUAUGUCUCUAUGGUCACCAGCUAUGACUAUGGGGCACUGCUGACAGAGGAUGGAGACUACACCCCUGAGUACCUCGCAUUUCAAGAGUAUUUUAGCUCUGUUCUAGUUGUUCCCACACACCUCCAACCAGAACGUAAACCUAAGGCUAUGUAUAAGUCAGUGAUACCAUCACACUACUUGUCACUGUGGGAUAUCCUGCCCUACCUGGAGAAGCCAAUUCAAUCUGUCAAGCCAAUCUGCAUGGAGAAGCUGCCUGUGAACCAAGGUAGUGGGCAGUCCACAGGCUACACACUGUAUGAAACUUCCAUCUCUACUGGAGGCAUCCUCACAUCAAGGGAUAAUGUUCAAGAUCGGGCUCAGGUGUUUUUGGAUGAAAAGUACAUAGGAGUCCUGGAUCAUUCCACUGAUCACCUGACCCUUCCCCUCAAAAAUAGCUACAGGAACUACUGGACUCUAAGUAUCCUGGUGGAGAAUCAAGGCCGGAUUGCCUAUGGGCAGAAUAUCAAUAAGGAGAGAAAAGGUUUAACUGGGAACAUCUACCUGAAUAAUUCCCCAUUAAGGGGAUUUAAGAUCUUCAGCCUGGAGAUGAAGGCUAAAUUCAUACAAAGGGACCUUCCUAACCUGUGGAAACCAUUCCCAAAUCACGUUUUGGGCCCUGCCUUCUUCCUUGGUUUCCUGAGAAUUGGUCACACUCCCAGAGACACCUUCAUAAAACUGGAGGGCUGGACAAAAGGAGUAAUUUUCAUCAAUGGACAAAACUUAGGGCGCUACUGGGAGUUAGGUCCCCAGGAAACUUUUUACCUUCCGGGACCCUGGCUUCAUCCAGGAAAAAAUGAGAUCAUCGUGUUUGAGGAAUUGAAAGCUGGCCCUGAUAUCCAGUUCACAAAUAUAUCUCAGCUAGUGCUGGAGUAA